AUACACAACGCAUCACAGAUGAAACUUAACCAACCAAAUAAUGAAUCAAGUUAAUGUUAACGAAAUUUUACUUUUUAGGUUACAUAGCAGUUGCACAUAACUGCAAGUUAUUGUUAUGCAAAUGCAAUGGAUUACGAACGUGAUCGCGUGAAUAGAUUCGUCUCAAGGAAUACUAAAAUAAUUAUAGGGCUAUUAGUUUUCGCGAUAAUAGCCGGGAUACUGCAAGGGGUUGGUUAUGCCACACCAGGUUGGUUGGUCUUUUCAGGGACGAGUGACAGUAAUGUGUCUUUUUCUGUCGGCAUGGGGUUUUGGUAUCAAAGAUUUUGUACAGAUAGUUGUGAAAUUGGACAUAUGAACAGCGCAUUAUUCUGGUCAAAAGAUGAUAAAAAAGAAUUCGAUACAUAUAAACUGAUAGCGACUUUGGCAGUUGUGAGCAGUAUUUCCGUUCCUAUCACGUUGCCUAUUUAUCUAAGGAAGAUUCGGCUUCAAGGGGACAUAACAUCAAUGGCGACUACAAAUGUGCUUUUUUCCAUUGUUGCUGGUGUUCUUGCACUGGUAGUAGUUGGUAAAACAGCAAGUGAUGUACACGCUGAAUAUGAAUUAUGGGUUGAAACGGAGAAAGAUACAGAUUUCAAGCUUGGCUUUCUUUACUCUGCAAUGUUGAUGGGACUAGGAGGAACUUUGAACGUAUUGAUAUUCAUUGCGUUGUGUGUUCAGAUUUACUACAGAAAGAGGGACAUAAAUGAAUCUGAUAGAGAGGAUGAAUCUGUCGGCAUGACGUAAGAACCAAAAGAAAGAACAUUCUCUCAAUUAACGCAAUAGUGAAAUUUGUAAUACUACGUACAGCCUUAAGAGAGUUAAGUUUCAACACUUACAGGUACAAGUAAAGGGUUUCUUUGUUAGACAUUUGACAUUUGCAAUGUACAUGUUUCUGAAUUAAAAUGAACCGAAAUGUUCCACGAGUUAACAAAAUAGAGAAAACGGGAUCACUAAAGAACGCCAAAACGACAAAAUUGAAAAUGUUGCAGGCUCGGUUUGAUUGAGCUUGUUCAUGGAUGGUACUGGAAAGUGCAAGUUACCGUCCGCGCCCCACUAGCACCGGCUUAAACAGAAAACAAGAAGCUGUCUUGUAUUGAUUUUAUGUUUUGAAUCGGUUAUACAGAUGUUUUUGACGUAAAAAAUAGUAAAAAGCAACUAAAGACUGUUUCAUUCUGUCAGAACACAAUAUACGUAUCAUUAUACUAUUUUAGAUAAAUGAGGCGUGUCAUGACAAAACCAACAUAGUGCGUUUGCGACCAGCAUGGAUCCAGACCAGCCUGCGCA